GUUUUGCGGGCGAACAGGCGAGAUUUUUGAUAGGCGCCCGUAAACGCCUGCGUGCGAGCUGCGUGCUUCGGGGCGUCGUAGAGUGCGCCGUGCUUGGCUGUGUGUGUGUGGUGUCGUCGGCCAAGCCUCCCAGCGACCGCACCGUUUCGUCGACGCCCGCCGAGGCUUCGAGAACAACACAAGCAGCUCCUUGCGGGUGUUGUGCGCGCGUUUCUUGUCGCGUGGACCGUGGGAGUGUCACCUUCGACGGUAAUCAUCCUCACGUGGCGGUCCUCGGCCCCAGCGCGGAGCUAAAGCAGAGCAAUGGCGGCCGCCGUGCCCGACGCCCCUACGAACCGCAGUGAGCUGGAGAUGAUCCAGCUCAAGAUGAACCAGACUACGGACGAGUCGUUGGAGAGGACGAGGAACAUGAUAUCACUAUGCGAAGAGAGCAAGGAAGCUGGCAUACGAACAUUAGUUGCUCUCGACGAACAAGGAGAGCAACUGGACCGCAUCGAAGAGGACAUGGACAAAAUUAACGCCGACAUGAAAGAGGCCGAGAAGAAUCUAACCGGAAUGGAGAAGUGCUGUGGCAUCUGCGUCUGUCCUUGCCAGAAGGUGUUGGUUAGGGCUGAGGAAGUGGCCAUGACACUCACGGGCAAGGAGUUCAAGGAAGACGCCAGCACGUGGAAGGCCAACGAGGACGGGAAGGUGGUGAAUAGUCAGCCUGCCAGGGUCAUGGACGACCGCAACGGAGCCGGUCCAACCAGCGGGUACAUCGCCAGAAUUACAAACGACGACCGUGAGAACGAAAUGGAAGACAACAUGGUUCAAGUGUCCACCAUGAUCGGGAAUCUGCGCAACAUGGCAAUCGACAUGGGCAGCGAGAUUGAGUCGCAAAAUCGGCAGAUCGACAGGAUCAACCAGAAGGGAGCGUCCAACGUGGUUCGCGUCAAAGGCGCUCAGGAGAGGGCUGCCAAACUCAUCAAGAGUUGAGCUUGCGUUCCGCCACCGAUUUUGCUUUACUCUUGUUUUUUUUUGUUCGUUUUGCACCUACACACAACUACACCAUGUUGCACUGACGGAUUUUUAUCUUCACACACACAAACAACACGUACACAACCGACUCACCAAGAACCAACAGGGCUGCGACGAUCGACCGCCGGGAAGUCGUCGUGUGUCGUUCUUCCCUCCCACCUGGCCUUCCUGUGGACUUUGGGAAUAUACGGAAAGUGAAAAAAGAAAAAAAAAGUACCGACAGGGGACGUCUUCGGACCGGUCGUACGAUUGCGUGUCUUUUUUUUUUUUAAUUUGUAAUGUUCGCUCUGGAUUGUACAGACGGUGUUUUCUUUUUCUUCUUUUACAGUCUGUCCUUACUUGCACAGAGACACAACCGUGACACACACACACACGCACUCACAUGCACUUGUGUUUACACUUGCUUGCUACAAGCAGUUGCACCCCAAUUUUUAAAUAUUUUUUUUCUCUCUUCUCUCGAGGAUUAUUAUUAUUGUUUCUUUGAGGCACCGACUUUAUGUGAUAAGGGAAGUACAGUGCGCCAGCGAAGUCCUGUCUCUCCAGAGGUACGCCGAGGUGUAAGCGCUUUCCAGCUUCAGCCACUGUCAGAUCGUCUUAAAAAAGGUUUCCGUACGUUUAUUUUUUAAAUCUUUAUUUCGCACCGAUAACCAAUUUUUUGAAAUCUGCAGCAUGUCGAUUCUAAGUGUUCCUCCAUUAUAAACGAAUAUCCACUGCGGGCAACGGAAAGCGCAUUGUUAAGGUAGAAAGUAUGCCUGCAGUAUACCUGCAAAAUUACAAUAACUGCAAAAAAAUAAAUAAUGAUAAUGCAGAACGUACUGCCCAUCAGGUUUCCAAGGCAUCUACAUGAAAACGUGCGCGAACGUAUGCGCUGGCACCGUUCACAAGUUUGGGCGCCACCCCCCACUAGUGUUACCCUGCCGAACACGACAGGGGGCUCGUUAUUCGAUUCGUCGAAUAUUGACACCCUGUGUCAGUAUUCGACAACUCGCCUAAUGUAGCUGUCGUGCUCCAGCAGGCUGAGUUUUUUCGCGUGGUUGUGCAGAAACGAGAUUUAUCUUAUAGGCACGCAUAAAGUGGGUGUCGCAAGAGUGGCGGAACUUGCGGUCAUUGUCUUCCUGUCGAAGGCAAAUAAUGAAUGAGUAUGUUGGGGCUCUUUUUUUCUUUUUCCAACUAACCGCAGAGCGCGAAGUUUGUUGUUUGUGGUCUUCCUUUUUUUUUUCUUGGUUAGGUGCUGUGAUUGAAUGAAACUUGUGUCCUACACUUUCUUUUUUCUUACUAGCGCUUUUUUGUGUGUGUGAUUAUGUUAAGCGCCCGUGAAACUACUGCGGUUCACGGAAGCCUGUAUGUUGCGAAGCAAGUGUUACUGAUAAUUUUUUUAUAGCAUGUCGUUUGUUUCGACGUUCGCGCCUUUCUUUUAAUGACUUUUAUCAUUUUUUUUCUUUCUUCCUUGGUUUGACCAACACGGUAAUUAUUUGUGGCGUAUUACGGCACUUGCACUUUUUUUUACAGUCCGCUCGCAGUUAUCCCACCGAAAUGGACAAACAUGUAGCGCUCCGUUUCGCCAUUUUCAUCAAACUCUUGGAACCAUGUGGUCCGUUUCCUCGUUUCCUUUUUUUUAAAAAUUUCAGCUUGGUUUUUUUACGCUGACCUGCUUUUCGAAUGUCCACGUUUUCAGCGAUACGGCCUCCUUGCGAGUUUUUCAAGGGUUCAGUUUCUUGAAAAAGGCUGUUAGAGUUAUCCUGCUAAAUAUUUUUUUAAUACCAUAGUCCCUUUUUAAAAUAUAUGUAUGUAUCUAUGUCCUUCCCUCUCCUUUGGCGUGUGGGCACCUCUUUAAAAAAAAAAACUUUGUCAUCUUCGGAGUGCACGAUUGAUUGCUCCCAGGGAGCAGGCACCUCUUCAUCCUUUUCAAGGGCCCGUCAAAACCAGGCUUUCGAAGGUUUUUUCAUUCAUCGCCUCGAACUUAAUGUUCAUUUCACUCCGAUAUCCCGCUCGUUGCGUUUUAGUUUGAACGAAAGGAGAGGGAGAGACAAAAAGCGGCGGCAGAAUGGUCAUUCUUUCUGGUAUACUGGUUUACUUUUCGGGACGUUUUAUACUUCGUACAUGUAGAUUUUAUAUAUGAGCAUGCGACGAGAUUGUCAUGGCACUUUGUAUAGCGUCGUGCUUUUUUUCCUCCUUUAUUUUUCGUUUUCUAGGGUGACCUCUUUAUAAGCUCAUGAUUAAUAACUCUCGUUCGGGCCGAGUAGAUUAAAGCCAUAUUUCUCCUCGCCUUCCACGUGCAUUCUCUCACUUUAUUAUUGUUUGCCUUAGGUGCUUAAAAAAAAUAUAUGGAAGUGAAUGUCAAGGUCGGGCUUCUUCUGCCUGUAGGAGUCCUGGCUGCUCUUUUCUUCCCCGUGGUCUUCCCGUAUGUCUACCCAGCACUCAAGAAAAUUGGCCCUAAAUUCUGCACUGAUCUUUUCCAGACGUUAGGACUUUGGCGCCUCUAUUCCUUUUCCAUGCCUUAUUUUUUUUUUCAUCAUUUGCUCUAUUAGUUAUUUUUUUCUUCUGCCUCAUCUUCUUCUGGUUCCUUGAAAGAGGCAUCUACGUUCUCCUUCUGGAUUGGCUUGGCUCUAAACUCGACGUGACUUCACGUACGCGAAGCCUCUUCUGAAGUUGGAGCCUUGCCUUUAUAAUGCCAAGGGUCGCCAUUUCGCCUGCAGCCAACUCGCAUGGGAGAAUGUGUAGGCAGAAACAAGUCGGCGUAAAUCCGAGUAAUUUCUUCUUACAACUUGGCGCAGUCACCGCGGUGCUUGUUUAGGAUUUUCAUUGGUUUAGGGCUUGGAAAUGCUGGAGGAAGCAGUAAUUUUUCAUUUUACAUUUAUUUCGCGUGUGUCCUUUCUAAACUUAGGCUCGGAAACUACACCUGCUCUCCUCCUACAACAGCGGUGUAUCCACAUCUGUUUGGCCGCGGCUUCGGCCUUCAUUGGUCUUUCGGUUAGGCUUAUUUUAUUUUAGUCAUUCAGUUACCUUUUUACUUUCGAUAUUAUGUUUUAUUCCUUAGCAGCUUUAGUUCGAUUCCCGUAGGGUUUGGUGGCUUUAAAGAAUAUUUUCGUCCUUACACUUUGCUGUGCGAAAUUUUAAUCUUUUUUAGCGUCAGGUUUGCACUGGCGUUAUUUAAAUUCUUCAGAGGGCUAACCGAAUGCUCCUUUCACAGCUUGCCGUAAUUCCAGGCUUUUGUUUUUCAUGUUUCGGUACUUAAUCAUUGUGAGGAGUGCAUUUUUGAAGGUAUUGUCGUCAACGAAAUGUCCGCGCCUAUGCUGCAAUUUUUCUGGCAUCGCACUCCGCCUCCUACAGAACAGCCACCUUAACUGAUUGUUUGGCUCAUUUUUUUCUUUUUCCUCUAUGUGCCAAAUUUCAUUAAAAAAAAAUUCAUUGCAGGCAUCCUUCCAUCGAAGUCUUCAUUUCUUAGAGUAGCAAGUUUAGUUUUCGAAAAUUCAGGUGCGCUGGUGGUCCGUGUCCUUACGCCUACUCCGGAACAUGGGCAGUUUGGCUCGUGAACACACUGCCUAGACUAGCUUAUUAGAUUAGCUUACGAGGUUUAGCUUAUUAUAUUAGCCUGUUAGGCGGCACAAAGAAGUGAACCGUUCGGUCGUCCCCGGGUUCCUGCCGUUUUUAUAUUCAGUUUUCAGGCGUUAGGGUCACGCAGGUGUCACCUGAAUCAGAUCGCCGUUCCUGCUUCGCCUUACGGCAGGUAGGAGGCUCUCUGACGAUGUUGCCGUUGACCGGAGGCAAGUUGCAUGCAUUGUCUUAAGUGGUAGGCCUGUUGAAGCGUGGUGUUAUGGCUAUGGCGUUUGUUUCUGGUCCACCUUGGGCACGUUUUAAGAUUUUCACUCGUUCACAACUUAUCAGAUCAUCAGUAUAGGGUGUCACACAUGCAUCUCUUUUUCGCGAACUGUAAGAACACUAGAAAGGAACACUAGAAAGCCACGGGCUAGAAAGGUUCGUUGAUAGGGACGCUAUUCCCUACCGUGGCUUGGGCAACCAUGCGUGAUAGCAGAUAAGAAUAUAUCAAGAAAAAAAAAGUUUCCAUGGAAGAAUGCAGGAACACUCUCAUUUGUCAUGUAUACUGUGCGCUACGUUGAUGUGUAGCAUUAAUGUCGCAGUGGCUACUCUUUGGCUUUUGUGUCAUGUGCAUGUUUCGAUUGCGCUUUAUGGCUUAUAUCAUCCGUUCAGCAGUUAAAAAGAGCUCAUAUCCCCGUUUCGUAACAGGGCAUAUAAUUGACUGCACUACUUGUUUUUUCCUUUGCAGUGCACUACUGAGUAUUUCCUUUUUUUUUUUUUUUAGUGAAGUGUGCCAUGUGCCGUAUGGGCUCAACGAGACGCGAACUGAGCAUGGUUGUGAUGCCUAGCUGCCUUGACACGCGGCUUUAUCGGGAGGAGUAACGUGCUGAAUCGCUUGAGAAGUACUGGAGCAUCCAUGCGGAAGUCUGUGCAGCGUGUAUGUGAAAAAAAAAGAAAAAAAGAACUUAAUUCCAGUUUGUCAGACGUAACGGACUAAGAGCUCGCAAAACAUCAAAUUAAAACGAAUGCUCUGUGAACAAACGAAGAUGAAAAAUAUAACAGGGUAGAAAGCCCUACCGCAUGCCCUUACAUUCGGUUCUUACGAGCACCAAAUCUUAAGCGCGUUUCUUGCCGGCAACCUUUCGCACAGCAUAGUUCACGCCGGACAUUUCUAGAUGGUCGUGAAUCAGUCCGAUCAGGUCUCCCAACCGUGUUCUCUUCGCAUUUCACUCUAUAUGUUGUGCUUGGCUGUGUCGAUUGCAUACCACACCGUAUAUUAUACUGCACUACUCCCAGUUCGCAAGCCAGCAAAUGUUUUUCUCUUUUUCUCUUUCUUUCUUUCUUUCAUCCUUUCUUUUUUUUUUCUUUCGCUUUCGUGGUCAGGACAAUAUUGCCGCUUUCCUACUGACAGCUCUACAUAUUAUCGCCAUUUGUACUCCUCCACCGCAGCAAAUAAAUAUUGCCGCGUCAUGCGUCCACCGGCGAACCUCUUAGCCAGCCGUGCACUGGCCCGGUGUCGUCGCGUAAGGUGGUGGGCCCGGCAAAUUCACCGAGUGUAAUGACCCCGUGUGUAGUUUAGGCGCGACUAUGUAGUCACUAGCGAUGCAUUCCUAUACCUUGUUCCGAAAGGCGCGUUUUUUGUCGCGACAGUGUUGUUGUGAACCCAGCGUGUAGCGGACUCGUGCGAGCAUAGUAUGGCUAUUGAAAGGACUUUCGUGCGGCGUGACCCGGCCCACCAGUGUUUAAAGCGUAGGGGCUGACUCGAUUUUGCAAGAUGAUUGGUCGUGCAUCGUAGUGUUUGAUGUAGCCAGCGUUCGCCACAGGACCCGAUAGGCAUUACCGAUGUAAUAUGCUUAAAUUCGCUAAAAGUGUAGAUGGUCGUUCACUAGCUGGCUUUUGACCAGCGGGUCAAUUCGCCACGUGUCUGUGACGUGAGCGUUGCUAAAGUGGGCGUUGACGAGAGGACAGCUAGUGGAAGUUUGGCGACACCAUAGCUAAUCGGCCGCGUAUACCGAACAUCGUGGCACGUAAGGCGCGCGACUGUGUGAUGCAGACGCUUAUAGCACUAACGUCGCUCUCUAAGCGUCAACGCUAGCAACCGUUAGUGCGCGCCGAAUACGAGCUUGCUGCGAGCUCAGCGGUUCGUUCGCUGAAGCUGAGACGCCCCGGUCAACCGCAUUCCGAGGCUUCGCAGAAUGUCGUCAAGGCGCACGGCGCAUUUGAGAGACGAGGACAGGUUACUGUGUCGCGUCUCUUUUUUUCCCCGCAGCAUACACCCUACGACAGUCGUGGAGCAGUUCAGAAUGUGCCCCUGUUGAGGUGAACGUUGACAGCGUAAGCCAAGCAAGUCCUAGCUGAGCGUUCAACCAGGAAAGGGAGGCGAGACAGUUCGGGGGCCCACAGGAGGCAUUUAGCCUUUUUUUUUUUAGGCGCGCAUGCAGCACGACACACGCGGUCGCCGCAUGACACGCACGCGGAGCGAUUCUUCACUCGCGUGACGUAUAUUGAAGGCGGCUUUGUUGGCGGCCACUGUGGCGUUUUCGGCGCGUGGUAUAGUAUAGUAUACGCUGCAACAUCUGUGGCGUGUUACGGGCUUGCGCGGAACCGCCGCCCCCAUUUAGAUGAUUGCGUCGUCAAUUCUCGGGCUCACGCGAUGUUGUUCGAGAUGGUUGCUGUUUGGAGAGCUAUGCGUGUGUAUGUAGAGAGCGCUGACAACUCGUGGGCCGGGGGUCUGCCGCGUAUGGUAAGCGCUUAAGGAAACAGUCCCUGCACCGCGUGCGACGCCGGUUCGAUUUUUGUGUGUGCGUGUGUGUGCUGUACUGAUCUCAACUGGGAGCUUUGUUAUUGUACAGCGUUGCGAGAGUGCGUGUGCGUGAGAGAAAGAAUGCAGUUUGAAGGUGUGGCGACUGCCCGCGCCCCAAUUCAUUCCGUCUACAAAGAGAGGCUUCGCUCGCGUGUACCGUUAUUUUUACGACGUUUGUUUGUUGCGCUGUUUUCGAGCGUUGGCACAGGCGUGUUUUGUUGAGAAAUUUUAUGGUUCUGUUAGAGCUUGCUUGGGUUGCUUUGUUGCACGCUUGCAGGAUCGUUCCUGCAGUUUUCUUUUUAAAAUUUCUUUAGCAUUGGUGCAGAAAUUAUUCCUUCAAUUUUAGGGUUGGCGAGCCGAAAAAAUUAUGAAAUGUAUCGCUUAUUGAGGCUAUUGGAACUACGAUAAAGGCUGAACAUUGCCUAGCCUAUUCCAACUCUUUUUGUUUUUUGCAUUUUAGCCUGUUUUGACUAAUUCAGUAAUCUUUGCACCUGUGGCACCCGGCAGGUGUAUUUGCGCCGGGUGGCAGCAAUCGGUGAUACACGUUCGGCUGGGGUUUUAUGUUCAUUAAUGUAUUUUUCGUUGAUUGCAUGGCUGUACUGACGAUUUUCUUUUUUUAUUAAAGAGACGUUUGUCUGCAACAUGUGAACGGCAUAUCCUCACCGGUUUUUGUUUUUCAAGGCUGCAAUUACCUGAACAAUCUGUUUAUUGCCACGCCUUUGUGGUUUCGUUUUUUUUUUGAUGCUCCGAUAAAAAGAAUUUAAACGCA